AUGAAUAAGCUUAGGAGAGUUGUAAGGAAUUUGGACUUGAUGUUGAAACAUUUCAAGAAAAACUAGAAGGCAAACAAGAUGGAGAGAUUUAGAAGACACGUAAUAAAUGAGAUUUUAUAUACAGAGUUAAACUACAUUAAUGAUUUGGGUGUAUUGGAGGAUCAUACUUAGCUUAGGGAGAUCCUGACGAAUGAGUUGCCAAUGAGGAGUGACGAGAAAUACAUCUCUGCAAUAUUCAUGAACGUUUCGGAUAUAAGAAAGGAGAAUCAAAAGUUUUAUGAUUAGGUGAAGAGCAAAGCAGCAAAUAUAAAUCGAAAUUCGGUAAUAUUUGACAAUGUGGAUGUUAAAGGCUUUGAGACUUAUUAUCACUAUUGCAGGAACUACAAUGACUCCCUUAAAGCUUUAAAAUUAUUAUUGCAGAAGCAGCCCUAGUUGGAGCAUAGUUUGAAGAACAGAGAGAAUAUGAGAGGAUUGCAAUUGGUGGAUUUUCUGGUGAAGCCCGUGCAAAGAUUACCUAAAUAUGUUUUAUUUUGGAAAGAACUCAUUAAGGGUACUAGAAAGAAUCAUCCUGAUAUGGAAAACAUAUUGAACCUGCAAGAUGAAUUCGAACGACUCAAUGACGAAAAUAAUAAGUCGAUGGACAAAUUCAUCAACAGAGCUAGAGUGAAGGAGUUGAGUAAGGAAUAUAAUGAUGAGAGGAUUUAUACUGACAAUGAGGAUAGGCUGGUUAUGUUUCAAGAUACUGCCAAUGUGAUUACGGAGGGGAGGGAAUUGAAUGUGUUGUUUUACAUUUUUACAGACAUGAUAUUGAUAGGGUAUCAGGAUCAGGAGAGUAAAGCAAAUAGAGCUAUGAAAUUCAAAUUGGAUUCACAAACAAUAAUAAAAGAUCAGUUGGAUACUAAAUAUUUCACAAAUCUGUUCAGCAUAGUGAAUUAGGAGAAUGUGAUUUAAUUCACUGCUUAGAGUAAGGAAAUGAAGGAUAAGUCAAUCAAGUAAAUCUCAAAGAUUAUAAACUAUAUUAAAGAGAAAUCUUAGAUGUAAGAUAUUUAUCCAAUAACAGUUAAAGUAGUGGGAACAGAGGAGAGAUUCAGUUACAGCAUAAACAAAUACACAAUCUACAUUGUAGAAAUCGAGAUAUAGAGGAUUGUAUUAAAAAUAUAUAUUCGAUUCUCAAAAGCAUUGGAGUUAUUGAAUAUUUUCAAAUAGCGAUAUCCAAAUGGGAAAUUUGAAGAUAUCUCUUCAUAUCAUUGGCUUAAUAAUCACUCAACAAAAGUAAUUGAGUAAAGAAUGAUAGCAAUUGAGAAGAUGAUACAAUAAGUACUGAUUCUCAAUUAGAAAUAACCUGAAAAAUUAUAGUCACAUGAUCAAUCCAUUCUCUCCUUAUUAACUUUGCCAGAAAACUUCUACGAACUACCAAAAAUGAACAUUUAAGUUGAUAUCGAAGUCAAGAGGCAAUUCUAGAGCCAUAUGAAUGUUGUGUUGUAGCAGACUAUAUAAGGAGUCUCAGAUAUCUUAGAUGCUUACUUUUCUGCGAAAAAUAGCUAGAUUAGAGUGUCAACAAUAUAGGACACAAAUGUGGUUGUGGUUACUGACUUUUCUCAGGAAAUGUAAUAAAAGAAUGGAAAGGUAAUUGAUGUCUACUUAAUCGACAAUUAAUGUGAGAAGAUACAAAUUUAUGAAAUCACUAGGGCUGCUGAAAUAGUGAAAGUGUUGGCUAAGCAGAUGUACUUGAAGUACUAUCAGGAUUUCAAAUUGAUAUUGGAGGAUAAGUAUCUCAAUAGAAGAGUGAUUGACGACGAUGAGGUGAUACUGUAAUUGCAUAAGAUCAGUGUAAAUGGGAUCUUCAAUUCCUCAAUCAAUAAGAUAGAGUAGUUUUGGACUAACAGCAAUGAGGAGAGACUGUUUUUCAGGAAGGUGAUUUAUUUAGAUCCGAAAUACGAAUUUGUCGACAUCUAUCAAGAUUAGGUGAGAAUGCAGUAUAUCUUACUGUAAUUCUUCGAAGAGAUCAGAGAACUCAAAUUCCUGUUGAAUAGGGAGAAGCUGUUUCUCUAUAUUGCCUUUUACCUCAUUAUCAAGAGGUAGGAGGUGAAACACGAGAAUAUCUCAAAGUAUUUAAAAAGCGAGAUUUUCGAUUAGAUCGAGCCUCAUAGAUGGGAGGUAGAAGUGAAAAGAUACAUUACCCAAAUCAACAGUUAAUUGUUGCAAUUGGAGACUGAAAAGAAGUCUAUGGUGUAUUUGUGUUAGUAUCAAUUCCUGAAGAACAUUUACUAUGAGAAGGAGGCGACUAUGAACAUUUACAAGUUGGAGGUGCAUAGAGAAUUACAAGCAGCGUUCUCGAAGUUGAAAGUCCCUGACAUCAAGGGGAACAUCUACAUUGGGUUAUCUUAAGCAAAGAUCUCCUUGUUGACUCCGCUGGACAAAAAAGUAAUCUAAGAAAUCCAGUACCAAGAGAUCGACAACAUACAAUCUUUUCCGAAUAAGUUAGUUAUACGUACAAAAUCGAACAUACCUGAGAAGGGUUGGAAGUUCAUUACUUUCCAAAGUUACGAGAUCAAGAUGUUGAUCAAUUUUUACAAGGAGUUGAGUUUGAACGAUAGUUGA